AUGGCUGACGUUAGCGCCGAUUCGGAUGCUCAAGUGGAGUUGGAACGUCUGAAUGACGUCAUUGACAAGUACACAUGCCAGGUUGAGCACAUCGACAACCUGUUGCAGGAACUCGAAGAAGAAAACAACAGUGAUAGCGUCUCACGCCAGAUUGCCGAGUACCAGUCCGCACUUGAGAGCCAUCCAGAGAACAUUCCCGCCGAAGACGCUCUCGAGGUCAUCACGCGACUGGAGAACACGCUGAAAAUUGUUCAGCGGCGCAACCAUCUUCUUGAGAAGGAGAAUGGAACGCAGAACCGACUGCUGGAGGAGCGGUCCAACGUUCUGCUCAACGCAACGAAGACGUUUGAUCACAUCGUGGACGUAACUGGAUGGCAUGACAAGUUCCUUUUUGAUGCUGAGGACCUGCGGAGCAAAGUAGCAGAUAUAAGAGAGAUGUCCAACAUCGAAGCUGUUGUGCAGAAGGAACUGCGUGUUGCACAGGGGAUUAUAAAGAAAAAGGAAGCGGCACUCCGUCAACUGGAGGAGCUUGUGGAACAGGGUAAGGAACAGGAGGCUGUACUGAACAAUGUGUACAACGACAUUCGUGUGAAGGAACGUGACUGCUCGGAAGUGGAGAUGCAGCUUGUACGACUACGAAAGAGUGUUGCCAAAACUGACGAGGCUCUGGCAGUAUUUGAUCUGCACAAUCAGAACGCUUCUUUGGCGUAUAUGGAGAGUGACAGGGACUACCUCAGGGAUUCUGUUGCUGAGAUGAAAUCAACAACACGCAGGCAAGACAACGUUAUUAAGGCGCAGCUGACUCGCCAGCAACAGUUGCAGACGCGACUUGAUGUAAUUAUGAAGUCCCUUCGAGAGAUGAAGCUCGACAAAAAGUACGAGCGCAACAUACCCAAGUCAGCGCUGGUGCCUUCUGCUUCCCGUGAGGAACCUGAAGAUGUGUCUAAGAUAUUGCCUGAGAGCGAGUGUAUUCCAGUCCCCACCUACCGUUUGCUCCACAAGAACAAUGAGAUGCUGCGCGUCAUAGUGAUGCGGAAGAAUAUGCUUGUGCUGGAGAAGAACGCAGUGAUUGAGGCACUUGAGGCUGGGCUUGCCAAAUAUGGCUCGGCGUUGAUAACCACAUACAAGGAGCAGCAGGAUUUGAGACAGAACAAGGACAUGGAAUUGAUCGAGCUUAUGGACGAUCUCCAACAGCAGCAUUCCAACUACCUUGAGAAGCUGGAGGAGUUGCGCCUUCAGAACGCAGCCCUAAAAAAGAAAAUGUAUCGCUCGACGCGGCAGCACGCGCCGUUGAAGGGAACCCGCCCAAUGCGAUAA